GACUUCCGGCCGAGCCGGAAGACCUUUCCCUUCGCGGUUUCGAGAGCUCCGUUUUGCAGAACCUGAAGGGGAGAUUCUGGACGGUCCCGGGGACUCUAGACUGUCUGUCCCACGACCUGUUCUUGGCGUUAUGGGUGUGAUAGGUAUACAGCUGGUUGUUACCAUGGUGAUGGCCAGUGUCAUGCAGAAGAUUAUACCUCACUAUUCUCUUGCUCGAUGGCUACUCUGUAAUGGCAGUUUGAGAUGGUAUCAACAUCCUUCCGAAGAAGAAUUAAGAAUCCUUGCAGGGAAGCAGCAGAAAGGAAAAAGUAAAAAAGACAGAAAAUACAAUGGCCAUAUUGAAAAUAAGCCACUAACCAUUCCAAAAGACAUUGACCUUCAUCUAGAAACCAAGUCCGUUACAGAAGUGGAUACUUUAGCACUGCAUUACUUUCCAGAAUACCAGUGGCUGGUGGACUUCACGGUGGCUGCUACCAUCGUCUAUUUAGUAACGGAAGUCUAUUACAGCUUCAUGAAGCCUACACAGGAAAUGAAUAUCAGCUUAGUGUGGUGCCUCCUGGUUUUGUCUUUUGCAAUCAAAGUUCUAUUUUCAUUAACUACACACUAUUUUAAAGUAGAAGAUGGAGGUGAAAGGUCAGUUUGUGUCACCUUUGGAUUUUUUUUCUUCGUUAAAGCAAUGGCAGUUUUGAUCGUAACAGAGAACUACCUGGAGUUUGGCCUUGAAACAGGGUUUACAAAUUUUUCAGACAGUGCAAUGCAGUUUCUUGAAAAGCAGGGUUUAGAAUCUCAGGGCCCUGUUUCAAAACUUACUUUCAAAUUUUUCCUGGCUGUUUUCUGUUCACUCAUUGGGGCUUUUUUGACAUUUCCUGGAUUACGGCUGGCUCAAAUGCAUCUGGAUGCCCUGAAUAUGGCAACAGAAAAAAUUACACAAACAUUACUUCAUAUCAACUUCUUGGCACCUUUAUUUAUGGUUCUGCUCUGGGUGAAACCAAUCACUAAAGACUAUAUCAUGAACCCACCAUUGGGUAGAGAGAGUGUCCCUUUAAUGACAGAAGCCACAUUUGAUACUCUUCGACUCUGGUUAAUAAUCCUGCUCUGUGUUUUGCGGUUGGCCAUGAUGCGAAGUCACCUGCAAGCAUAUUUAAAUUUGGCCCAGAAAUGUGUGGAUCAAAUGAAGAAAGAAGCUGGCCGAAUAAGUACAGUUGAGCUACAGAAAAUGGUGGCGCGAGUCUUUUACUACCUGUGUGUCAUUGCCCUGCAGUAUGUGGCACCUCUGGUAAUGCUGCUUCACAUGACUCUGCUUCUGAAAACACUAGGUAAUCAUUCCUGGGGAAUUUAUCCAGAAGCUGCCUUUCCCUUGCCAGUGGAUAAUAAUCUCCCCUCCAACUCGGUUUACCCUGAACUACCAUCACCUGAUGGGAAGAUGAAGGUAACUGUUACACAAAUCACAGUGGCACUGAGCAGCUUAAAAAACAUCUUCACGCCUCUCCUUUUUCGAGGACUUCUGUCAUUUUUGACAUGGUGGAUUGCUGCUUGCCUCUUUUCUACAAGCCUUUUUGGGCUUUUCUAUCAUCAGUAUCUGACAGUGGCAUGAAUUUCAGUCAAAAACGGAUAUCCAAGUCACACUUUAAAUUCAAAUAUCUGUGCCCUUGAAGGAUUGACAAAGGAAGAAUGCAAAUACAACGGAGAAAAAAAUUAUUGGAGUGUUUUGUUUUGAAUGCUUCCUCUGUACUCUCAGGGUGAAUUAAUGUUGUAAUAUUUAAAACUCAUGAGAUAGGUUGUUACACUGUUACACACUGUGGCAUUGGAAUUGUAACUCAUUGUGAGAACUAAUGUGAGAGGGCUAUCUGCAGGGGUAAUCCUUCUGAUUAUCUUGGUUUACAGCUGCAAACCUCCAACAGUCUGUUAGACUUCUUCUAGGACUCCAGUUACUGACUGCUUUUCAUGGUGUUGUGGUACUGUUACUACUCAUAGUUGCUGCCUACAGAACAAUCUUCAAACUGAGCCAUGCCAGAGGGAAGGGAAAGGAAUGAAAAUUACUUCUGUUGGUAAUGUAUUAGUCUUAAAAAAAAAAUCCAACAGAAAGGAAGAGAAAGCUACUGUAUAUUACAGUAAGAAAAGCUGCAUAGUCAUUUUACAUUGAAUGGAGAUAUAAAUCACCUAUUGUCUACAAGUACUGUUACUUGAGAGUAGCAGGAAUAUUCUUUUAAAGUGAAUGCCACCCAGCUUGAAAGUUCUUUUUAAAUGAUUGGCCAUAUGAACAUCAGCAGUCUCACUGUUAGUUUUGGGCCUUGCUGUAUUUUAUUUUUUCUUUGAUUUUUAAAUAGUUAUGUUUAAUCUAAAAAUAUUUAUCAAUACUGAUCAAAUUUGAGAAUUACUUUGCAAUCCUGCUGACUACGUGUAUGUAUUGUGUAUAUAUUAUAUAUUAAAUAUAUAAUAUAUUGAGGUUAUAAAAGAUGAAAAUAUUGAAUCCUUAUAAUAUUUUAAGUUUCAGAAUGUACGUUAAACAAUGAUUUGAAUGAGAUGUAUUUGUAUCUAGAAAUUUCUGUUUGGAAUGAGAUUAAAAUACAUUUUUUUAAAGCUCAAGAGAGUGUAAUUUAUUUGUUGUACAUAUAUGAUAAUAGUACUUAAAAUGUCAUGAAGAUUAGUUGAUUUCUUACACAUUAAAUUUCAUUUUCUUUU